AUGGAGCAAAAUGCAAACUUGCAUCGAGACACUGACGCGAGCUCUUUGUGUGCCACGAUCGCAGGAGAAAUGGAGGACGUUCCAGCUGUCGGUGGAGUUAAAGGAACAGUCGACAAAUGCAAGAAUAGUGAGGCUCCUCUCAGUACUUUGGUUAACGUUAGUUGUAAUAUCGGCUCCUCCAAUGUGAGUGCUCCCAGCCCCGUUCCUGUCACUUCCAGUGCUGGGAAGUCCGACGUGCCAGAAGUGAUCGAAGUCUUCCCUGUGCACGAGGAUCAGAAGAAAGACGCCGAGGCGAGCGGACCGUGGUCAGGGUCCGGGGAUCAGAUCAGCAACGGGAUGGGGCAUGACUCGGUGCUGUCUGCAGGAGACAACCAGGGUGGUGCCUCAAAGUUAGUAAACAACAAAACCGAGGGGCCGUCCUCGCCUUCGACUAAAGACACCGGAGACGCGCACGCUGCGGGUUUGGCUGGUGGAGAAAGUGAACCGACAAAACUUGCCAAACCCACUCAUCUGUGCCCGGACAAUGCAGUCGCAGGAAACGUCAAGUCGGGGUUGUCCGGCGAGCACACCUUGUCGGAGGGACCGCCGAGUGGGAGUGACCCCGAUCCCAGCCUCGGAGGAGAGUCCCGAAGCAUAGAUUCACUGGAGUCUUUCUCUAACCUCAACUCGUGCCCCAGCUCCGACCUGAACAGCGAGGGGCUGGAGGACAGAGGGCUAGCUCUGGCCCUGCAGAGUGAGUACGGGGCUGAUGGAACAAAGACUUCGUGCGCCAAGGAUCGGGCCGCCGGCCAGUCCAUAUACCACAUUAAGUGGAUCAAAUGGAGGGAGGAGAAUACUCCGAUCAUCACCCAGAACGAGAACGGCCCCUGUCCGUUACUGGCAAUCAUGAAUGUGCUUCUGCUUGCAUGGAAGGUGAAGAUGCCACCUAUGAUGGAAAUAAUAACUGCUGAGCAAUUAAUGGAGUACCUUGGUGACUACAUUCUUGAAACCAAACCGAAGGAGAUAUCUGAGGCUCAGAGGCUAAACUAUGAACAGAACAUGAGCGACGCCAUGGCCGUGCUGCACAAGCUGCAGACAGGUCUGGAUGUGAAUGUGAAGUUCACCGGGGUGAGAGUCUUCGAGUACACCCCAGAAUGCAUCGUGUUCGAUCUGCUGGACAUCCCUCUGUACCACGGCUGGCUGGUCGACCCCCAGAUGCAUGACAUUGUCAAGGCAGUGGGCAACUGCAGCUACAACCAGCUGGUAGAGAAGAUAAUAUCCUGCAAGCAGUCCGACAACAGCGAGCUGGCAGGAGAAGGCAUCGUAGCGGAGCAGUUUCUGAACAGCACAGCGACACAGCUGACUUACCAUGGCUUGUGCGAGCUCACCUCCACCGUGCAGGAGGGAGAGCUCUGCGUCUUCUUCAGGAAUAACCACUUCAGCACCAUGAUCAAAUACAAGGGCCAACUCUACCUCCUGGUUACCGACCAGGGUUUCCUGACGGAGGAGAAGGUCGUCUGGGAGAGUCUGCACAACGUCGACGGAGACGGCAACUUCUGCGACUCGGAGUUCAGGCUGCGGCCCCCCUCCGAUCCAGAGACGGUGUACCGCGGCCAGCAGGAUCAGAUAGACCAGGACUAUCUGAUGGCGCUGUCGCUGCAGCAGGAGCAGCAGAGCCAGGACCUGCAGUGGGAGCAGCUCCCCGAAGGCAUCAGUGACCUCGAGCUGGCCAAAAAGCUCCAGGAGGAGGAGGACCGGCGGGCCUCCCAAUACUACCAGGAGCAGGAGCAGGAGCAGGCGGCGGCCGCAGCGGCGGCGGCACAGGGCCAGCAGGAGCCUGGCGAGGGUGGCGAGGCCGACAGAGGAGGUGCGGGAGCGGGCGGAGCAGCCGCCGGCACAGGGAUGGCGGCGGCGGCGGCGGCGGCCGGAGCCACGCCCAGCCCGGGAAAACAGUCCUCGAGCGGUGACCGCAAAGCCAAGAAAGAAUCGAAGGAUAAAGACAAAUGCGUCAUUUUGUAACAUACAGCGCGUGUGUGCGAGUGUGCGUGUGAGUGUUUUUUGUGCAUUUGCUUAUCUGUGAGAAAGGGGGGAAAGCGCUGAUUUCUCCACGGACUGGACACACUGCGUGCAGCCCCCACCUGACCACACACAAGGGACGGAGACGGCCGAGGAGAGACGCGAUUAACAGAGGAUCUGCUGUUCCCAAGCCACUGGUGCCUGCUAUCCUCUAUCCUCAGUGGAAACCUGAACAUCCGAGGAAGGGACUCUACAACAACAACAACGACAACUACCCCGUAUCUUUCUUAAGAGUCGGCCAAACUUUGUUACAAGUUGCUCAGUGCACUAUAUUUGUGAUGUGGGGUCAAGUUUAUCUUAGGGGUGUUCUAUUUUAUAGCAAAAGACAUAUUCUGGAGAAACACAAUGUCACCUUCUCGCUAUAUACAUUUGUUUUUUGUGUAGUCAUACAUUUCACUAAUUUUUUUUCAGUAGUGCAGCUUAAAGGCUUUCCGUUUUUUAUAUGCAUCAAGAUUUCAAAAUUCAGCUGUUGAUGCCAAGAUUCAA